AGUCCACAUAUCCAGUUACAAAGAUAACAUCGUCUUGUGCGGUAAGUCUACAAAACCACCAGGAACAAGGAGAGCUACCGCAGACUUGAGCAGAAUGACAAGUAAACUGGACAAGCCUCCGUCAUAUGAGGAGGCAUUACGCCAUCCAAAGAAUGACCCCAACCAGCAAGAGCAUGGCCCCUCGUUCCCCCCUCCUCCAUCUUACACCCCGGGGCCCGGCGUGUUUCCUGGACCGCCUGGCUACGGUGGUCCGGCUGGGAUGUGGGCCACCCCCGGGUUCCCUCCUGGGAUGCCCACUGUAUCGACUCUGUGUGCAGGAGUUCCUUCUAACAGCCCAGAAGAGGUGGACGAUUUCCAAAACUCUUCCUGGGACAACAUUUCUGUUCGUCACGCCUUCAUCAGGAAGGUCUAUUUAAUCGUGGCGGCUCAACUCACAGUCACCAUUUCAAUAGUGGCCGUCUUCACCUUCGUUGAGCCAGUGAGAGAGUUUGUCAUCAAAUACCCUGGUGUCUACUGGGCUUCGUUAGUUACUUAUUUUGUGGUUUACUGCGUUCUCAUUUGCUGUAAAGAGCCCAGGAGACGUUUUCCAUGGAACCUCGUGCUGCUGGGAGUGUAUACACUUACCUUGUCCUACAUGACGGGAACAAUCUCGAGUUAUUAUGACACCAAAGCAGUGUUCAUUGCCAUGGGAAUCACAAUGAUAGUGUGCGUGACUGUCACCGUCUUCUGCUUCCAGACCAAGGUGGACUUCACUUCCUGCGGCGGGCUCCUCUGUAUCGCCAGCAUUUUGCUCACGAUCGUCGGCAUUGUUACUGCGGUGGUCCUCUCGUUCAAAUACAUCUCAUGGGUUCACAUGCUGUAUGCAGCGAUUGGAGCCAUCGUUUACACUUUGUUUUUAGUUCAUAACACCCAGCUUCUCAUCGGGAACCGUGAGUUGGCCAUCAGUCCAGAAGAAUACAUCUACGGAGCUCUCUCCAUCUACAUGGACGUUGUCAACAUCUUCCUCUUUAUCCUCCAGUUCAGUGGCGCAGCUACUGAAUAACGUCCAAGAUUCACGUCUAUGGUAGUGAUGGGCUUCGGAGACUUCACGAAACCAUGCUCUAAUUUUCAUAGCCCACUAGAUGGCACUCUCAACACAACCAUAUCAAUAAAACCUCUUCUAAAAAACAAAAAAAAAAAAAAAAAGCGAGAGCGCCACCUACUGAGCUCUGAAAAUGAGGACACGGUUCCAUGAAGCCCAUCACUAGUUCUUGGAUGUUAACACUGAAGCACUUUGAAAAAAAAUCAUCUUCAGAAUUAUAACAGCCUUGACUUGUUCAACAUAUCAGUUACUCUCUCCAAUAAAGCCAGUAUUAUCUAUGAGCAUAUAAGCAGCGUUUUAAUCACAUAUAUAAUAAGAGGACUGAGCACGUAAGGAGUGAAAAUGUUUUAUUAGCCAUGAUUGCUAUUUCCUUACAUAGAAAAACAUGU